AAAGCCUUCGGAAAUAGAAACAAAGUUGGUCACAAAUCACACCGGCUUUGCCCGAAGUUCCCCGCCCCCCCAUCCCCCCAUUCUUCUUUAGCAUGGUGCUAUGGGGAAAGUGACCAGUGCUGUCAUAGGAGGAGGUCCGGGUGGUUUGGUGGCGAGGGAGAGGCUGUAACUUCUACGUGACCAUGGUACCUGUUGAAAACACAGAGGGCCCCAAUCUGCUGAACCAGACUGGGAGAGAAGCGGAGACCCAUGGCAGCUACGGAGCCAGCGGCCGCCGGCGUCCAGCCUGCGCGGGAGGUUGCAGUAUGUUUACCUUCCUGACAUCUGUCACCGCAGCCAUCAGUGGCCUCCUGAUGGGAUAUGAACUUGGGCUCAUCUCUGGGGCUCUUCUUCAGAUCAGAACCCUAUUAUCCUUGACCUGUCAUGAGCAGGAAAUGGUUGUGAGCUCCCUCCUCAUUGGGGCCUUCCUCGCCUCUCUCACUGGAGGAGUCCUGAUAGAUAGGUAUGGAAGAAGGAUCACCAUCAUCCUGUCAUCCUGUCUACUAGGACUUGGCAGCUUGGUCUUGAUACUGAGUUUGUCCUACAGAAUUCUCAUCAUGGGACGCAUUGCUAUAGGGGUGUCCAUUUCCUUGUCUUCCAUUGCCACUUGUGUAUACAUUGCAGAGAUUGCUCCCCAACACAGAAGAGGCCUUCUUGUGUCACUGAAUGAACUGAUGAUUGUCAUCGGUAUCCUUUUUGCUUAUAUUUCAAAUUAUGCAUUUGCCAAUGUCUCCCAGGGUUGGAAGUAUAUGUUUGGUCUUGUGAUUCCCUUGGGGAUUUUGCAAGCAAUUGCAAUGUACUUUCUCCCUCCAAGCCCACGAUUUCUGGUGAUGAAAGGGCAAGAGGAAGCUGCUAGCAAGGUUCUUGGAAAGUUAAGAGCAAUCUCAGACACCACUGAAGAACUCACCAUGAUCAAAUCUUCCCUGAAAGAUGAAUAUCAGUAUAGCUUUUGGGAUCUGUUUCGCUCCAAGGACAACAUGAGGACCCGAAUCAUGAUAGGUCUGACAUUGGUAUUUUUUGUACAAACCACUGGCCAGCCAAACAUAUUAUUCUACGCAUCAACUGUCUUGAAGUCCGUUGGCUUCCAAAGCAAUGAGGCAGCUAGCCUGGCCUCCACUGGGGUUGGAGUGGUUAAGGUGGUUAGCACCAUCCCAGCUACCCUUCUUGUAGACCACGUUGGGAGUAAAACCUUCCUCUGCAUUGGCUCCUCUGUGAUGGCGGCUUCACUCUUGACCAUGGGCAUUGUGAAUCUCAACAUCAAUAUGAACUUCACCAAUAUCUGCAGAAGCCACCGUCCUGUCAAUCAGUCCUUGGAGGAGUCUGUGUUCUACAGAGCAGGAAACCUGUCAACCAGCAACAUCACUCUCAGAGAGCACUUUAAAGGGGUCACAGCCCACAGCAGGGGCUCAGUUAUGCCCAUGGGAAAUGACAUGGAUAAGAGAGGGGAGAUGACACCCACUUCUUUACCAAGUGCUGGACUAAGCCAAACUGAACACCAAGAAGUCAUUGACCCUGUGGUUGUCCCAGCAGUUUACAAAUGGCUGUCUUUAGGCAGCUUGCUUGUUUAUGUUGCUGCUUUUUCAAUUGGUCUAGGACCCAUGCCCUGGCUGGUACUCAGUGAGAUCUUUCCAGGUGGAAUUAGAGGCCGAGCAAUGGCCCUGACGUCUAGCAUGAAUUGGGGCAUCAAUCUCCUCAUCUCUUUGACGUUUCUGACAGUGACCGAUCUCAUUGGCUUGUCCUGGGUGUGCUUCAUAUACACAAUCAUGAGUCUAGCAUCCUUGGUUUUCGUUGUUCUAUUUAUACCCGAGACAAAGGGGUGCUCUUUGGAACAAAUAUCAAUGGAGCUAGCAGAAGCGAACUAUGUGAAAAACAACAUUUGUUUUAUGAGUCAUCACCGGGAAGAAUUAGUGCCAACACAGCUUCAGAGAAAGCCCCAAGAGCAGCUCCCGGAGUGCAAAAAGCUAUGUGGAAGAAGACAGCCACAGCAGCCUUCUCCUGAAACCUAAUGGCCUCUGAUCCUUACAAAUGGCAAAGCAGAACUUACAGAGGGUCUCUGCUCUUCCCAUGCCUACCCUUCACUGUCAUGGAGUGACUUCUACAGGGACACCCUGAAAUUAGAUAACUUUUAAUUCCUAACCCCCAAAGGAACCUCUGUCAAAAGGCAGACAAGGUACAAGGGUCCUCAGCAUGCACGUAAAACGAAACAAAAUCAUACCGGCCAGUUCAAUACUUUCUACCUUUUCUGUAGAACAGCCUUCGAAAGACUAAAUCCUAGUGAUGAGGCCAGCCUCUGCCUUAAUCUGUAAAUAUAUAGGAGGCCAGUCACUAACACUCAGACAGACAUACAAGUUCUGGACAGGCAUGUGCCAUUUUUGCCUAUGAAGACACUCCUUGCACUAGGUCUCAUGUAAAAACAAACCAAGACAUUAUGUGGAUGAUUUGAUUGCACAUAUGUUCUAGAUUGGGAUAGUGUCCUGGAGAAGACCUUAGAGAUAACUCAAAUUCACCAGUACAAAGAUUAUGCAGCUUAUUUUACAAAUGAAUACAAGUUAAUGCAAAAUCUUAUAAAUUGCUUGUCAAUAUUUUAAAAUGCUAAGAGGCACCAUUUUGUAAUUCUUGAGAAUAAGUAUUUUUCCUUUUUUUUUUAAAUGACUAGAAAGGUCAAUUUAGACUUCCUGGGACCAUAUUUAUUUAGAAAAAGAUGUUGGUAAACAUGAGUCAGGCCAUAAGGUUAUUUAUCCAAAUCUCUAUCUAAGCAGUUAGGUUUAAAUUAUCAAAGUCAAACCUAUAAAAACUGUCUCCUGAAAAGGCUGUUGUGGUGGCCUGUAGCAGUCCACAGCUUUCUGCAAAAUGCUCCCCACUCCUCAGGAAUCUCUCUACCUCAAAUGAUGGCAGACUAGCUCUCACUGCUCCCUUCAGGUGAAUGCAGAUGUAAUGAAUGACAUUCAGAGAUCAGGAGAACUCCCUACCUUCUUUUUUGUGAUAAAAGUGACAGCCAGCCAUACCAGCAAUUACCCACAUGAUGCAUUUCUGUCCUGUUUUUCCAGCAUUUAAAAAAAUUUGGAUAUGACAGAAAAUCCACGAUAAAGAAUCUUGAAUCACUUAAUAUAACCUAUGAAAGACACACCACACCAAAAUCUCUGAAAGCAUGAACCUAACUUGAAAAAUAUUUAAAAAUAUGAUUAACCUGAAAAAAAGUGAAUCCUAAGCACUCAAUUUUCUUCCUUUCCCCUACAAAAUGGUCCCAGAUUGCUACAAAGGAACAUGACCCACCACAUUCUUUUAUGACAAAAUGGAAAGACAACAAAUCCUUGCAAGCAAUAGUAGUAUCUGAGACUUGGAAGAAUGACUGAAAGUCUUGGUUCUGAAAUGUAUCAUCUAAAUUAAUGGUGGCAGGAAGCCAGAAGGAAAGGUUUAAAUCUUGAUUAUGUCAUGGUACACUUCCUAUUGCAAGUCAAAGCACACGCUGGCUUCUGUUUAUUUUGGAAAAAGAAGGCAAAGUUUUUUCUGCAGAGCAUCAAUUUAAAUUGAUCAUGAAUCUUCUGGAAUUAUAUGUCAGGUUUUUAAAAAACUUGAUGCGGGUUAUCAACAUUAACUUUUUUUUUCUUUUCUCUUCCAAGUACCAGAUUGUUUAGGACACUUUUUUAAAUUGUUAGAGGAUUCAAUUUUAAACAUUCUAUAAGCUAUUUCUUGGUUUGUCUAUUCAUUGCAAAUGAGUAGACAAUAAACAAAGGUAGCUUAUUAGUGUGGCUUCAACUUAAGUAUCUUAAACAUUCUAUUUUUCUUUUAUUAUCCUGAGUCUGUAAGCAAUUUUGUUUUUAAAAUAAUUUUUACCCAGUAUUAGCCUCACCCCUCCCGCCUCAACACAUGAAGCCUUUGAUUUUCAAAAAUAAAAAGGGGGGAAUACUUACAAUUUGUAUGUAUAUAUUCACAGUUUUUAUUUAUAUAAAAAAUAUACAGUACUGUGGAAAGCCAGAAGACAUGAGACACACUCAUUUUACCCAGCUUUGUUUUACUUAGUGGAUUGCCCAUGGACACUGCCAGGCAGUGCUCAUAGUGGCUGGAUCCAGACUUGGUCAGGCUCAUUCUUUGCCUCUAAGAUAAACCAUUUACAAGAACUUCAUAUCUGCCUGGCUUUCAAGUCAUCAAACACUGAAAAUGUUAAUCAUGUGGAUCUUCACCUUAGCUACACAAGUGUUUUUGCCCCUAUUACAUAUUUGUGUUUAUGAAUCAGCAAAACAGGAGUUCACUUGUUACUGUUCAUUAAAACCAAGUGGGAAACCUCAGAAUUGUAAAGCAGUCUGCUGGUAACUCCUUUCAUCUAGUUUUAUUUUGGUAUUUAAGAUUUUUGCUAUCCUGUUGAUCUUAAAAUGAAGCAAAUAAAUGUAGAAACAAUUUUAAAAACUGAAGGCUUAAAAAAAAAAAAU